CUGCACAGGCUUCCAUUAGAGCAUGAACAAGCGCACACAAUACGAACGCGUGUUCAAUCACUUUGACGACAACGGAGAUGGGAAGAUAUCACCCUCUGAGCUGCAGCAAUGCGUUGAGGCAAUAGGCGGGGAGAUUUCGUCGGCAGAGGCAGAGGCCGUGGUGGAGUUGGUCGACUCGGACGGGGACGGCUUGCUGGGGUUGGAGGACUUCGUGAGGUUUUUGGAAGGAGGGGAAGAGGAAGAGAAGGUGAAUGAUUUGAAGGAGGCGUUUAAGAUGUAUGAGAUGGAUGGGUGUGGGUGUAUAACACCCAAGAGUCUUAAGAGGAUGCUUAGUAGAUUGGGUGAGUCCAAGAGUAUUGACGAGUGUACGACCAUGAUUGCUCAAUUUGAUCUCAAUGGUGAUGGGGUCCUCAACUUUGAUGAGUUUCGGACCAUGAUGUUGUGAUGCCUUCGAUUCACUUUGUUGUUCAUUGAUUAUUUGUUGGUUAUUGUUAUAUUUUCUUUGAAUUUCCCGCCAUAUGAUUAGUU